AUGGCAUCUGCAUUAAGUCAGGUCAGUUAGCCAGUUGGUAAUAAUGCCUCUGCUCUUUCAGCACCAGCUAACUAGAACAAUCAAGAAGAUCUAUAAUUCGUGGGGAGAAUGAUUAAGCCUGCAGAAGUCGGCUAAAUUUGGAACUCUCCUAGUCCACAAGAAAAUCUAAUACCUGUGAUAAACAAAUAUAUUGAAUUUUAGAAGACUUAGAAUUCAACUUUUGAUCAAUAUGAUGAGUAUGAGAAUUGGUUUGAAAAUGAAGAGAAACUAUUACUUGCUGAUUACAUCCUUCAAAACUUGACAUUCGCUUGUGAUGAGCUUUAACUCUCUUAGAAUCAUUAUGCAGUUGCAUUAAUAUUGAAUGCAUUCAUCGAUGUUGCAUUAAUUAAAGAAACUCAUAGGUCUGAUUACGAUAAAUUCAGCACUCAAACUAGAUUCACUCUAUUAAGAAACUUUUGUUAAGAGUAAUUCUAAGCUAAGGUCAUUCAAAGACAUCAUGUCAAAUAAAUCAUUGACUUCGCUCAUAAUACUAUCUUUAAACAUUUAGCUCUUUUUGAAAGUGUUUUCAAUCAAAAGAGAAAAGAAACUGUCAAGAGUAUUAAGGUUACUUUGCCUGAGUAGCAAGUGGCUGGUAAUCUACAAACUAAUUGCUAAGAAAUUGUUGAGGAAAGACAUGAUGAUGAAAAUCAGAGAUCUUAAUAAGAUUUUUAUUAAGAUUAGGAUGACCAAAAGAAUGAGGAAUAGGAGUAAGAAGAUGAGAUUGACCCUGAUGAUCCAUUAUAUGGUCUUGAAUAAAGACUUAGACACAUGAACCUAGAUGAAGAUAGCAGAAGAAUUAUAAAAGAAAAACUGGAAGAAGCUAAUAGUAAAAUAAAAAAUGCUCUAGAAGAUAGACAGAGAAAUUUAGAUUCUAAACUAGGAGACAAAGGUGGAGCUGCAGCUGGAUAGAAGAAAAAAUGA